AAACAAGGUGUAGAAAAAGAAAAACAAAUAAAAAGCUUCCAUCUUUCUUCCACCCUCUACCUAGUCGUAACAGUAUUACAAAUUUUCUUCUUCUCUCAAAUAUUCAAUUCCAACUGUUGAAUUUUUUCAGAUCUCGUGGAUCUGAAAAACUCAACAACAAUGGCGAAAUCACGAUACUCUCGUCUCCCAUCACGAAAAUCAUCAUCACCAUACACACUCAUUUUCUCUCUAUUCAUCGCUUUCACUUUCCUUAUCCUCAUUCUCCUCGUCUUCGGAAUCCUCUCCAUUCCUUCUUCCAAUCAAAACUUGCCUAAACCCAACGAUCUCACCUCCAUUGUUCAUAACACCGUCGAUAGAAAUGAUGAUGAAGAAGGUAAGGGUGAACAGUGGGUUGAAGUUGUAUCAUGGGAGCCUAGAGCUUUUGUGUAUCACAAUUUUCUGACCAAGGAGGAAUGUGAAUAUCUGAUCGACAUAGCAAAGCCGAGUAUGCACAAGUCAACGGUUGUUGAUAGCGAGACUGGAAAGAGCAAAGACAGCAGAGUGCGUACUAGCUCUGGAACAUUUCUGGCCAGGGGACGUGAUAAGAUUGUGAGGAAUAUUGAGAAAAAAAUUGCCGACUUUACUUUUAUUCCUGUAGAGCACGGUGAAGGACUUCAAGUUCUACAUUAUGAAGUUGGACAAAAGUAUGAGCCUCACUAUGACUACUUUCUUGAUGAAUUUAACACAAAGAAUGGGGGUCAGCGCAUAGCAACGGUACUGAUGUACCUUACAGAUGUUGAAGAAGGGGGUGAGACAGUGUUCCCUGCUGCUAAGGGGAAUUUCAGUAAUGUGCCGUGGUAUAAUGAGCUUUCUGAUUGUGGGAAAAAAGGACUUUCAAUUAAGCCAAAGAGAGGUGAUGCUUUACUUUUCUGGAGCAUGAAGCCGGAUGCAACUUUAGAUGCAUCAAGCUUGCAUGGUGGUUGUCCGGUAAUUAAAGGAAAUAAGUGGUCAAGCACCAAAUGGAUCCGCGUCAAUGAAUACAAAACUUGAGUAUAUGUUACAAUAGGCUUGUCUGAGUUCAUCAUUCCAAUCAUGUGCAAAGUCUCGGCUAAUACUUCGUACAAUGGAGCUUAAGGUCUCAAAGGAAAUGUUUGCAGCGUGACGUGGGGUUCUGUAAUUUGUUUUGUUUUGUAGCUUAGGUAACUUAUUUUUUCCCAUCUUUUUAUUUAUAUGUAGCAAAUACAAUAAACAAAUAAGUACUCGUGAAGUUGUGAACCGAUAGAUGUAACAAGUAUACCAGCUUUUUGCUCCGAGCUCAUUUACCCUGUGUAUCGUUGUUAUCUGUUUGCUUCUGUUGUCGCCCAUUUAUGAGGAGCCUUCUCUACA